AUGAAGAUUCUUCUAAUACUCUGGGGGAUUCUGGGGCUGUUCAAGACAGCAACAGCCCUAUCCCCAAAUGUGCGGGCUACAUCAAAUGUGCCAGAAGAAGGCAGUGACGGCCUCUGUUAUGACUAUGUCGUUCAGUACGCCGAUACUUGCCAAAGUAUUGCUUCAGAAUAUGGUAUUACUAAAGCCUUGAUUGAGAAGUAUAAUAGCGACACCUGGGGCUGGACAGGCUGUUCCGGUAUCUACCAAGGGGAUAUCAUCUGUCUUAGCUCAGGUGAGCCUCCUAUGCCCGUGGCCCUCCCUUUGGCCACAUGUGGUCCCCAGGUCCCGGGUACAGCUAGACCGAAGAACUACGCCGAUCUAUCUUCACUGAAUGCAUGUGCUGCUGGUUGUUGUAUCAUCACAGGUGUAUGUGCUUCAGCAAAAGAUGGAGACUCGGAACUAUGUAGGACGAGUCAGUGCAUCUCCGGCUGUGAUGCCACGUCGGCUAGCACCAGUACUACAUCUUCAACCAAGAGUACCAGCAGUGCCUCUUCGACUAAGGGCACCUCUACCGAGAAAUCGACGAGUACGACAGAGCACACAUCCUCAACCAGUACUAAAACCAAAGCAGCAGCCGCAACAGGAACAGGCCUUUGGACCCUUGCCGCCUACACCGGAAAAACCUGCGACGGCGACUAUUACGUGUUAACGGGGACCAGCUUAACAGACACUGAAUGUCUCGACAUCCAUGGUGGUCUUAGCUUGGAGAUGACGGACAGCGUCUCCUGUGGGUAUUACACCAAUGGGGGUUCCACUUACGCCGACUGCGACUCAAGUCCAGAGCUGGGGAUUUGGUCGUGGAGCAUAUCUGGGGGCAGCUGUGUGGCUUUCGAAAAAAGCUGUAGUAAUUCCGGUUCGAAUAUUGUAGACAUAUAUGAUCAGUCUACAGGUUGUCAGGAGUCGACGAUGUAUGAUCCGCAUUACUAUAUGACUUGGCGCUCGUUGAAGUGUCAGGUCUCGUGA